AGUCCAGUAGCCACUCCCAUGGGACAGCCCCGGCUCUCGUGCACCAGGUCCGACAGUGGACGGCCCCACGGAGUUGGCGGCAACAGCUCCAAGGGUUUGAAGGUGCAGAGCGGGCAAACUUCUGGCGAGGGGGCCGGGGAAGGGGCUGAUCAGCACUUAGCAGCUACCCUCUGCCUCCGGACUGUCGCUGUUGUGCCAUUGAGGGGUUUGCUCCCGCCUCCCGACUUCUAUUGCCGCACACGGAACUUCGGCCUUGUGGGGUACAGCCGGGGAAGCCAAGGCCAAGGAGGUCGCCGGCUGCUGGGCGCCCUGCGCAUCACGGCGCACAAACGCGGCGGCUGUGUACGCUUCGGAGCUGACAGUCUAGGCUCCCGCCUUCUCUUCCGGCACCGGGUGCACCACGGCUGAGGCCCCGCCCUUUUGAGGAGUCGCAAGUUCCGGAAUCCGCCCACAACAGGCUUUUUUGUUCGCAGCUCGCCUCUCUCCCUUGCCUCACUUGUGUCCCGGUGCCGCCAAAUGUCGGUUACUCUGGGCUGCAGCAGCGAUCGGAGUCCAGAUGCAGGCAGCGCCUCUCCAUGAGACCGAUGAGUGGUGCGCAAACACACCAGACGCUACCUACAUGCGGGAGGGGCAGUGCGGAAGAGACAACAGAGGUGGCAUUUCACCAGAGAAGACGAAGCUGAACAAUACAGGACUUUGCAAGAAGAGCAAAGUGUUGUUUCCCUGAGGAACCCACUUCAGAAUCUAGUUGACCUCACUGGCUCCUACAAUUUAGUUUCUGCUUUGGAUGCUUAGUGCUUAGACUGCCUGAGAGUGAAAAACUGGAGGAAGACUGUUGAUUGUGGAACUAUUGACAAUGCAGUCACUGGAAUCAGUGACCUUCAGUGAUGUAGCUAUAGACUUUUCCAGGGAAGAGUGGGCCUUGCUGGACAAAACCCAGAGAAAGCUGUUCAGAGAUGUUAUGUUGGAGAAUAUAAAUCAUCUGGUCACUGUGGGGUAUAAGCUCUGCAAAUUGGAAGUAGUUUCCCAGUUGGAACAAGGAGAGAAACUGUGGAGAGAAAGAUCAGGAUUUCUCCAAAGACAGAGUACAGGCAGGGAAAAUGACCAUAAAAAGGAAGAAAUGAUAAUCAUGCAACAUAUCUGCAAGAAGGAGACUUCUACCAUCCAGUCAAAGCAGCAGAUUUCUUACACUGGAGAGGAUCACUUUGAAAAUAAUGAUUUAGGAGAUUUCAUUCUGUCUACAUUGACUUACAAGGGAAAGAAACCCUAUGAGGACAAACAAUUUCAAAAAAAUUUCAAUUACCAUUCAUUCAUUAGCCAACAUAAGCAAAUUCAUACUGGACAUAAGUCAUAUGACAGUCAUCUAUGUGGAAAAGUCUUCAGAGGUAAUUUUGUCCUUAGAGAACAUGAGAAAACACACACUGGAGAGAAGCCAUAUGGUUGCCAUCUACGAGGGAAAGACUUCACUGAUGGUUCUACCCACAGACAACUUGAGAGAACUCACACUGGGGAGAAAAAAUAUCUCUGUCAUGUAUGUGGGAAAGACUACACUCAUUGUUCUACACUCAGAAAACAUGAGAGAACACACACUGGAGAGAAACCAUAUGUCUGCCAUCUAUGUGGGAAAUCCUUCAGUCAGCUUGCUCACCUUAGACAACAUGAGAGAACUCACUCUGGGGUGAAACCAUAUGUCUGCCAUCUAUGUGGGCUAAACUACACUAAUAGUUCUACCCUCAGACAACAUGAAAGAACUCACACUGGAGAGAAACCAUAUGUGUGCUAUGUAUGCGGGAAAUCCUUCAGUCAACAUCAACACCUUAGGCUACAUGAGAGAACUCACACUGGAGAGAAACCAUAUGUCUGCCAUCUAUGUGAAAAAGACUUCACUGAUAUUUCUUCCCUCAAAAGACAUGAGAGAAAUCAUGCUGGAGAGAAACCAUAUGUCUGCCUUCUGUGUGGGAAAUCUUUCAGUCUUUGUGGUAACCUUAGGCAGCAUGAGAGAACUCACACUUUGGAGAAACCAUUUGUCUGUGAUGUUUGUGGAAAAUCCUUCAGUCAACGUAUUCACCUUAUACAACAUGAGAGAACUCACACUGGGGAGAAACCAUAUCUUUGCCAUCAAUGUGGGAAAGGCUUCACUGAUAGUUCUGCCCUCAGACAACAUGGGAGAAUUCACACUGGAGAAAAACCGUAUGCCUGCCCUCUGUGUGGGAAAUCAUUCAGUACAUGUGGUAGCCUUAGACAACAUGAGAGAACUCACACUGGUGAGAAGCCAUAUGUCUGCAAUGUUUGUGGAAAAUCCUUCAGUCAACAUAUUCACCUUACACAACAUGAGAGAAGUCACACUGGGGAGAAACCAUAUGUCUGCCACCUAUGUGGGAAAACCUUUAGAUAUAAUUCUUCCAUUAGGAAACAUCAAAGAACUCAUUAAAAAUGUGCAUUUGGAAGAGUCUUUAGCUACAGGUAUGAUCUUUUAAAAAAUGAAAGAACUUACACCUGAGUGUACUUCUCUGUCAAAGUAAUCAGUGUGUAAAUGCCUUUAUUUACAAUCUAUCCUUAAAUAACAUGAUUGCACUGUCCUGGGAGGAGCUCUAUGUCUGUAAUUACCGAUAGUAGAUUUCAUCUGAGCUCCAGCCUUCAUGUAUACAAGCACAGCCCAGAGUAAGAAUAGCUUCUAAACCAGGAAACUAGACAGAAAGGUCUUUACCAGGGGAAGGAAACACUAGGAGGACAAGAGAUAAUUUUUUUUAUGGAGUAUUCAAUGAAAAAAUGUAUGAAAAAUCCUUUACUUAGAGAGCAACAUGUUAUUGGUCUUGAUAUUCUUCUGUUUUAGUUCAUCUGAAUAUAUAUUUCUUUUGACCUUAAACACUGAAUACCAUGAAUAUUCAACCUUCUUUAAAAUUGAAUCAUAUACUAUAUAUAUUCUUUUGUAGCUGAUUUUUUUGAUCACCAUCUGUAAAUCAGGCUAUUCAGUGUGAGUUUAUGGAACAUUUUUAGGAGUGCUCCAUCAGAUGUAUUGUUCUUAUUUUAGAUAUUCAUUCUCCUAAUAGUUGACUUUUGUUUGUUACCAUGUUUUAGCUACUAUGAAAAAUACACUUUCUUUAAAAUUGCUAUGCUUGAGUUUCAUGGACCUAGAUACUCAUUAUUCUCAAGCAUGCAAAAGAUAGAUUGCUGGAUCAAAAAUAGGUACAUGUGACCAGAAGACUGUGUGAGGAUGGCAGAAUAGGGAGCUCCAAGACUCAAUUGUUCCACUACAAAAUCUAUUUAACAGACAGGAAAUAUCUAAAACAGCUAUUUUGGAUCUACAUAGGCCAGAAGAACACUGUACAGCAUCCAGGAAGAGCAGAAGGAAGUGGCUGACUAAUUUUAAUAAAGAACAGAAAAUUACUCUCCCCUAAAAGUGGCUACUGACACCCUUAUCCCACUCUUGCUAUGUUCCAUCAUGGGGCCCAACCCCUAGCUAGAUUUCUGGUGACAGAAGGGGACACAAAAAUCCUCUUCCCCAAGACCAAGGAAAUGCAUGGCAAAGAACUGAUUGCAGCUUUUGAUUGAUGACUUUGGAUUGCUGGAGCACAGUACUAAGGGUGACUACUCUCACAAACCACACUUACAAAGGUAAUGGUGGCAGCCAUUAUUUCAACACACUCUGGGAGGAAGAGGUGAGUUGAAGAAACUACCCUUCCUCAGGGCUGCAGGAGACAGUUAGAUGAAGGGAUACAUUUUCUGGGCAGGUCAAUAGAGCUCAGCUUUCAGAACAGUGAAGGAAGCUUUCAAUGCCCUUUCUGAUUCUCAAACCAGGACAUUUGGGACCUGGUCUGCACACCCUACAUGGGUCACUGGCCCUGUUACAGCAGAAAAGAUUGACAAGAAAGUCCUCCUUAAUGUGCCUCUCAACCCAGCUGCAAUAGGAGCUUGAGGCAGUGAAAGGCAUGUAAGAGCUAUAGAGCCAGAUAUUAUGAAUCAAUAGCUUGUGGACCUCAAAUACCUAGGAGCAGGAUGUCUGCCUUCUGGGAAACAGAGGGUACAAACUCCUGAAAACAGGAGAACUACAAAACAACUAACAAGUAAAGAACAGGACAAGACACAAUCACAGAAAGACAGGGAAAACCAUACACACUGCAUUCACUCUCUGGAGGCAUUCCUGAUAAGAGGACCAAUGCUCAUGAAAAUCUGUCUCAUUACCAACUGGUUACAAAAACAAGAAACAGACACCUCAGGGAAUAAAUACCAGAAUUAACAUAUUAAAAUAUGAAGUGUGCAACAAGAGUACAAGACAAACAGGAAAUGAUAUUCCAUCCAAAGGAAAAGGAUAAAAUUUCAGAAGCCAAUAAUGAAGAAGCCAGAAUGUGGACAUAACAAAUGAAACAUUUAAAAUGUUCUUAAAGUACUCAAGGAGAUGGAGGAAAAUACAAAGAAAGAACUAAAGGUUGCAGGAAAACAAUGAUUAGGCAAUAUGAAUAUCUUAGCAAAGAUACAGAUUUUGAAAGGAGCUAACCAAACAAAAGUACAGGAGCUGAAGAUGAUAAUGCAUAUAUUCCAGAAGGGUUUCAAUGGAAGACUAGCACUGGAAGAAGAAAGAAUCAGUGAACACAAAGACAAGGUAAUUGAAAUAAAUCAGGCAGAGGAGCAAGCAUAAGAAAAGAAUUAUAAAAUGUGACAAUUGCUUAACAGAUCAUGGAGACAACUUUAAGUGUAUCAAUGUAUGAAUCAUAGAAGUCCCAAAAGGAGAAAAAAGAAAGGGGCAGAAUUAAUAGUCAAAGAAGUAAUGAGAGAGAACUUCCUAAGUUGAGCAAAAGGCAUGAAUAUACACAUCCAAGACUCUCAGAGAAUACCAAUCAUGAGAGUCACAAUGAGAAAUACACACUCAUUUAGUGAUCAAUACAUUGUUGAAUGCAAAUGACAAAAAGAGACUUCUGAAAGCUUCAAGAAAAUGUCAAUGAGUUAUGACCAAGGGAAUCCAAAUAAGAUUGCUUGAUGAUCUCUCAUCAGGAAACAUGAAAGAAUGAAGAGAGUGAGCUGAAAUUCUUAAUGUGUUGAAAGAAAACAGUUGCCAACAAAGAACUGUCAGGAGAAACUUUCUUUCAAAAAGGAGGGAGAGAUUAAGACAUUUCCAAAUAAACCAAAGCUGAAGGUGUUCCUCACCAGUAGAGGUGUCCCACAAGCAGUGCUAAAGGGGGUUCUUCACAUGAGAAGGAAAAGAUACUAAGCAGUGGUAUUAACUGCCACAAAGAAAUGAAUACCUGUGAUAAAUUAAACAUUUGGGUAAGAAUAAUGCCAGAAUUGUGGUGCCAGUAUAUUUUUUUUGUUUGUAACUCCAUUUCUUACUUCCUACAUGUGCUAAAAUAUGAAUACAUAACAAGUAAUGAUAAAUCUAUGGGUUGCAAUAUACAAAGUACAAAGAUGUUCUAGUUUGUUCAUGCUGCCAGAAUGCA